GCAUUUAAUAGUUUGCCAUGGCCGUCGGCUUCGUAGCAGUGUAGCACGGCUCCAUCACCAUCAACAUCACCAUCGCCAGCAUCACCGCCAGCAUCAUCGCCAGCAUCAUCAUAUACCGCACAUCCCAGAGCUCAUCUUCGCUUAAACUCCACCAAACAAUCCUCUUUCAUAAACACAUACAAAAAAACAGUCUAAGCCCCCCCCCCCCCACCAUCGCAAUGGCCGCCCCCACCGGCGAGACGUCCCUCCAAACCCUCCUGUCAACGCUCACGACCGUACUCCACCCGGACACCUACGUCUUCGUGACCCUCGCCCCGGGCGCCGAUCUGCCGCCCCUCGCCGACGUGCAGCUCCUCUUCCGCGAAUCCGAGGGCACGACGCUCGUCACGACGCUCCAGACGGCCGAGGCGCGCGGGUGGGCGUACGCGUUCCCGUCGCGCAUGAUCACGCUCGACGUGCACUCGAGCCUCGAGGCGGUCGGGUUCAUGGCCGUCGUCGCCACGCGGCUCGCGGCCAGGGGCAUGGGCGUCAACCCUGUCAGCGGCUACUUCCACGACCACCUGUUCGUGCCGGAGGGGAGGGAGGCCGAGGCGGUCGAGGAGCUGAGGAGGCUGGCGUCGGAGUCGGCGGGGCGAGGGGCGGCGUGAGCACGCCCAUGAAGAAUUCGGAUGACCUCUACGGAUACUGUUUUUGUUUCGCGUCGCACUCCGUGGCCCACAUCCGGAUGUGUGCCGAGGAAUGAUUCGGUCACUUGCAGACCGUGACGAACAAAGCAGUGCAAAAUGUAGCCAGCUUAGGUAGAUUCUGCCACUUUCCUCCCCAGCCGUUAGGGUUUAAUGCCGCCCUGGGACGCGCAUCUCGGGGCAAGUUUGACAUCCAGGCGGGUAUGAUACUCGCUACCGGUAGUCUCUGCUGAUGGAUCUUCUUUCAUUCAUAAUACUACCUUUCUCAGUGCCAUGGAAACAAGAAGCUGUCUUCAGUGUUUGCUUCCAUCCAGAUUGUGGACCUGUGCAGCCUCCUACCCCGUUAGAUACAUACUUGUAUCUCCAUUCCGAAAGAACUAGAGCUGUUGGA